AUGCUUACUCUGCCUCGGCUGUCCGCUGGAAGAACACUGGAGGCACUGCAUACAGUUCUAGGUAAGCCACCAUAUCAAUACACCUAUCGUUCAGAAAGCGCACAGAAACCCGCUAUCGCCCGCGUCUCGCACAAUCGGACACCCCGAAUCCCUUGUGCCGUUCGAGAGUACGAAGGACCGCUCCCAUCUCUUGUCACUUUCUUGGCCUCCAAGCUUCUCCAAUGA